UCAACAGAUGGCUAAAUUAGAAAGGAAAUUUCAGAUUAAUGAUACAUGUUAUUCUUCAUUGACUUUUAAUGUUUAAAAACAACAAAAAUUUAUAUAUAUGAAUAGUGGUAUAUUUUAUUUUUAGAUAAUCCUCUACAGUUAAAAAGAUUAAUUCAAUGAUGAUUAAUAUGUAGAAAUUUAAUUUGUGGAUCAAAACUGCAUGCCAUUUUGUACAGUUUGUGAUGCAUGUAAGAAAGCUAUUAAAAGAAAUGCAAUAAAAAUAAAACUUCAUAUGAUUUAUGCAAGUGUAAAAAUAAAGGUGGUGAAAUAUCUAAUUUGAUAGAAGAAAACCAUGAAAAACAAAAAUCAGCAAGAUCAUUGUUAAUUGGCUCACUUAAAAGGACUCAAAAGAAAAAAAUAAAGAAACAAAAUACCAUUAAUUCAGAUCAAUCUACAGGAAGUCCAAAAUUAAUUAAAUCUAGAAGGAAUAGCACUCCUUCAAUAGCAAGUUGUCCUGCAGUUGUUUCUACUGAAGAAUGGACUGUUAUUGAUUCUGAUAAUGAUAUUGAGUAUAAAGGUGGAUUUCAUGUAUUGAUGUCAUGUUUUACUUUAGGAGGUUCAUAUAGACAAAGGAAAAAGAAAAUAACUGCAACAUUUAUGGAAAAUGAAAUAUAUAUUCCAUGUGAAAAAACAUCAAAUACAUCUGAAAAAAGUAGACCUUCAGACAGUAUUGCAGAUGAUUCUUCUAACAGAAAAGAAACUGAGAGAACAGUAUUUACUACAAAUUCUGUUUUAAAUCCAGGUGAAGUAAUUUGUUGUACUACAUCUGCACAAUCUUCUGAAAAAACUGCCAUUAAGAAUUCAGUACGAUGUAUCAAGAGAAAGAAAAGGAAAGCACCAUUACCUCCAAAUGUAACUAAUUUAUCUGAGAAAACACAUCCUCAAAUUAAUGAUUCAAAAGAAAUAGAAGUAAAUAAAAUUGAUGAUCUGCCUACAGCAAUAGGUAAACUAUAUACAUUUAAUCAACUUUCAAUAAAUUCCCAACAAAUUAGUCAAGAAGUACCUAAUCCAGUUCAAAAACAAGAGAUUUCUGUAAUUUGUCAAGGAAGAUAUGCAAGAGUUUUAGAAGAAAAGAAAAUUAAUGAUUUAAAUGUAGGUGGAAAAAAUACACCCAAAAAACGUAAAUCUCCAAAAAAGAAACCAGCUCCUAAACCACCACUUUCUUCUAAAUCUAGUUCUUAUUCUUCAAUAAAUAUAUCAAACAAUUUUAAUGAAAUUGUAAAUGUUAAUGGAGAUCAACUAGAAGAAUUUUCGAGAAGCAAUGUUGUUAAAAACUCUAUUGAAAAUAAAGAACUUUGUAUAUGUAACUGUGCAAUGUGUAAAGAAGAUAAUUUUAAAUAUAUAAACAUUCCUCAUUUUGUUUGUCCUACUUUAUCGAAAGAUGCUGAUUCAUAUAAUGUUACAGUUUUGGGUUAUUUUAGUAUUGGUAAAAAAGAUGAAAAUUAUAAUGAGGAAAUCAAAUUGCAUGAAAAUGGUUUUCAUCAUUGUUGUGAAAAGGAUAUAGCUGGAGCUUGCAUUUCUAAUAAUGUCAGGAUCAGUCAAAACCAUGACUUUGUAUUACCUCUUCCUCAGCAAAGAAAAUGUAGAUGUAAUUGUUCACCUAAUUUUGAAACCAUUGAACAUUUUGAUCAAAAUCAUUUUAAUGAACUUCCCAAAAGAAAAAUUAAUUUGUGCACCAAAUCUCACAGUAAUCCUAUUUUAAUGUGUUCAUGUUCAAAUCCACAUUGGCUAACAAAUGAAAAUGAUGAGUACGUAGGUGAUAACAUUCAUAGAAAAAUGAUGUUUAACAGACACCAAAAUCCUUUAAUAAAAGAUUGUAGUCAUAAAAAUUAUAAAAGUAAAUAUUCUUAUCAGAUAAAUAAAAGAUCUGAACAAUUUACUGAACUUGAAGAAUUGCUUAAAUCCAGACCAAGUGUUAGUGAUUUUAUUGCUGCUUUUAAUUAUUUAACUCAAAGAAACUCAGAUUUAGAUUUACCUAAUCCUAGAAUUUCAUCAGAAAAUAAUUUAAAGAUAAAUCGAGUUCAGGAAUCGGUUACCGAUUGUGAUGAAUACGACUUAAAAUCACUUCCUACAAAAUGGAAAUAUGCUCCAAUGGAUUUUAAUAUAAAUAAAGUCAAAGCAACAAAGUUAGAAGAAAGUUAUAAAAUCAAUAAACCUUUGAAAAGUUGUUUAGUGAAUAAAAAUAAUAAAAAAGUGACUUUUGAAAAUGGAAUUAAAUCAAGAGAAUCAGUAAAAUUAGCAACAAAAAUUGAUGCUCUUCCUCAAGGACCUUGCAAUUAUUAUAUUGCUGCACAUAAACAUGCAAGAAACCAGGAAUAUAUUAAUCAAAAAGAUAGAUUCAAGAAAACUAGUUUUAAUGAAAAUGAUUUGAACUUAGAAGCAAAAAAGCCAAUUAGAAAUCAAAGGCUAAUCAGAAAUCAUAAUUACAGGAAAUCAUAUCGGGCUCCACCAAUACCUAAUUCUGAAAAUUAUAAUCAAAAUUUGUCAUCUUGCCAAAAUAAAAAAAAUUCGUUAGAAAAAAUAGAUGAAUAUGGAGCAAUACCAAAAAAAUAUAAUAGAAAAAUAUGGGUGAGUUUGUAUAUAGAAGAUAAGUCAUCUCAUAAAGGCUUAAUACCAUUAUUAAUUUCACCAACAAUGACUUUAGGUAUGCUGAAAGAUAAACUGGAAAGACAAUUUGGAUAUCCAAGAUAUCUUCAACGUUGGAUACUUGGCAAAUGCUUUGCUACGGAUGAUGAUUCAACACUCGCUGAGUAUGAUGUUGUUGAAGAAGGUUGCCCAGUAUUUCUCUAUAUGACUGAAAAAAAUCCUCAAAAUGAAUAUGAAAAUUUUGCAUAUAAUCAAAAUAAUAAAACAAAUGAUUCAACCAAUGAUGACAGUGAUAGUGACUCAGAUAUUAGUUUGGACUCUGAUAGUGGUACUGUGAUACUGGCAAGUGAUACAGAUAUGUUAAGUGAAUCUUCAGAAUCAUCUGGAACAAAAUCAAUAGACUUGAAUAGCCAUACAUCUGUUAAUUUUACAAUGAAGAAUGAGCAUAAGAAUGAAAUUUUAUCUAAAACUUCAUUAGAAAAAAAGGAGGAUACCUCUUAUAAAGUAGAUGUUGCAAAAGAAAACUAUAAACGUUGGAUGGAAAUAGAUGAUCAAGACUUAAUAAAAAAUUUAGAAUAUUUUGACUGCCCAAUUUGUUUUAUUGGUGUUGAGGCAGGAGAAGGAAUAAUGUUAAAGGAUUGUCUGCAUCUCUUCUGUAGAGAAUGCUUAUCCAACACAGUACUUUAUUCAGAAGAAGCAGUUAUUAAGUGUCCUUUCAGGAAUGAUGAAUAUUCCUGCAACAGUUAUUUACAAGAAAGAGAAAUUAAAGCUUUGGUCUCUCCCGAAAUAUUCGAACGGCAUCUUCAGAGAAGUAUUGCCGCGGCCGAAAGCCAAGCCAAAAACAGUUUUCAUUGUAAAACGCCGGACUGUCCCGGCUGGUGCCUGUACGAAGACAAAGUCAAUCUGUUUUUAUGUCCCGUCUGUAGUCGUCUGAACUGUCUCACAUGCCAAGUAAUUCACGAAGGUCGAAACUGCAGACAGUAUCAGGACGAGUUAGAAUUCAAUUCUACAACAAGCGACGAAGCCAAAAAAACCAAAGAUUACCUCGAUGAGAUGUUAGUAAAAGGUGAAGCGAUGAGGUGCCCUCGAUGUCACAUAGUACUUAUGAAGAAGUGGGGAUGCGACUGGCUGAAAUGUUCGGUCUGUCUGACAGAAAUAUGCUGGGUGACCAAGGGUUGCCGAUGGGGACCGGGAGGUCGUGGUGAUACAAGCGGAGGAUGUAAGUGCGGCGUGAAUGGCAUAAGAUGUCAUCCUAAAUGUAAUUAUUGCCAUUGAUUGAAUUCAAAGUUUUAAAUUCAUCAUCAUUGGAAAAGUUUUUAUUAUAGAUCUGACUUUCUAUUAGCAUAAUAAAAUACAGAGAAUAAUGAUUACUUUUAAAGAUUUUUAUAUAUCUCAGGACAUCAUCUGUUAUCCAUUUUGUUAAUAUUAAAUAUGAAUUUUACCGGAAAUUGUUUUGAUGUGUUGAACUGCCAUUUGAUAUUGAACUCAGGAUCACUGUUUUUUGUUAAUUUAUAAGUUCAUGCAAAAAAAAUUUGAAAAAAUGCUAUUUUACAAAAUCAAUAUUUUUUGUUGUUAUUGAUUUCAAAUGCUUUUACUAUCUCUUUUUUGUGUUUACAGAUUUUAAAGUGUCAAAAUAAAAAUUAAUUUAAAAUAUUCUCUUGUUUAAAUGAGUUUUUAAAGAGAAAGAUACUUAUUUAUGUUUGGAACAUAAUUAAAAAACUGUAAAUUUGCCAACAAUCUACAAACAAAGGAAAGCAUAGCAUACAUUUUUUUCCCCUUCCUGUUUCUAAAACUGUCAUCUGUCUUAACAUCUGUUUUAUAAAACUUCUUAUCUAUAGAGUAGCAUCACAACAUUGUCUAGUUAUUUGGGACAUUGAUAAACUAUUGUGCCCACUAUCAUUGCUGGUAUGCUUGCCUUGUUAAGAAACAAAACAAGUUUUUUUUUUCACAAAAGCAUUGGAAUCCUAAUUACCAAAAUAUUACUAAACUAAUUGUUACA